AUGCUCAAGGAAAUGCCACAUUGGUGUAUGCCCAGCUACAGAUUGUUGAAGACUGCUUCACAGAUUUUUGUGCCUGUUGCCCAUGCUAUCCAAAAGAUUCUGAGAACCCAGACAAUAUUGUACUGUCAAAGAUGGGUUUACCAUAUAUGUUAAUGAAGGAAGUGUAUGUUGAUGCCUUUAUACUACAUGAAGAUUCUGAACUUAGUAAAGUGAUGGAAAUGCAAACAGAGGAUGAGAGAAAAAAGAAAUCUAAAGGAGAGAAAGAAGAGGAGCAUACUAUUAAAGUUGAUCCAAGGAAAGAUCUUGACCGUCCUUGGACCACAUUUUGGAAAUUUCAACCAGUGUGGAAAAUUCGGAACUACUUUGGAGAAAAAAUUGCUCUGUAUUUUGCGUGGGCGGGUCUGUUGAUAACAAGUUUAUGGAUUCCAACUUUCUUUGGACUGGCCUGCUUUUUUUAUGGUCUAACUGUCAGUUUUGAAAGGUCAGCACAAAAUGUUGAGAUGCCAAAGAAUCUGACAGCGCAGGAAGAGUUGAAGUGGCAGUUGGGAGAAUUGUAUAAUACUGUUAGUGGGUCGUUUGACAAUGAUGUUACGCCUUAUUUUGCAAUGGUCAUUUGUUUAUGGGGUACAAUAUUUCUGGAGUUAUGGAAGCGCUAUAAUGCGAGGCUGUCGUAUGAAUGGGAUGUGGACCAGUUUGAACAGAAUGAACCUGACAGGCCGGAAUUCUUUGGAACCAAAUUAAAAAAAGAUCCUGUCACACAGCAGCAUGACUGGUUUUAUUCUUGGAAAAGACAAAUGCUCAAAUUUUGUAUCUCAGCUUCAGCAUUAAUUUUCAUGAUUUGUUUGGUAUUCAUCAGUGUGGCAGCGGUAGUGGUAUAUCGGGUGAUCGUGAGCGUGGAUUAUUGUACAAAUAUAAGUACAGUCAGCUGUCUUCUCCUGACUAAUAUACUCUCAGCUUUACUCAAUGCAUUAUCUAUACUGCUUCUUGGAAAGGUUUACGACUGGGUGGCAUUAAAACUAACAGAGUGGGAAAAUCAUCGUACACAGACACAGUAUAACGAUGCCCUCAUUAUAAAACUGUUUGCCUUCUCAUUCGCCAACACAUAUGCCUCAUGUUUCUACAUAGCCUUCUUUAGAGGGAGAUUUGGAGGUAUAUUUGGACUACCUGAUGAGUACAAUGACAAGUGUGAAGGGGACAGUUGUAUGUCACAACUCUCAUUUCAAGUCUGUAUCCUCAUGCUGGCAAAACCAUUACCAAAGUUCUUGAAAGAUAUUGUAUUACCGUUUAUAAGAAAGUUAUGGCGGACACGUCCCGAUUGUUGCCGAUGUUGCGAUAAAGGUUGUUGUUGUUGCAACAACAAGGUUGAAGAUGAGGAAAAGGUUUCAGAUUUUAUAGACACAGACUCGCUAGCGUCAAAAAGGUCGAAGGCAUUUUUGAAAAAAGAAAGAUACAAACCACCACUUGGAGAUUUUACCCUCGGGGAAUAUACUGAGAAAGUUAUCAUUUAUGGGUUUCUGAUGCUAUUUGCGGCAUCAUUCCCUCUGGCACCAUUUAUAGCCUUAGUCAUAUUAUUCCUGGAUAAACAUAUAGAUGCCAAAAGAUUGCUGUGGUUAAACAGAAGACCGGUGGCCUUUAUUGCUCAAGAUUUAGGAAUGUGGUAUGGUAUACUGGAGUUUGUCAAUCUCAUUGGUGUUGUCUCUAAUGGCUUCCUUAUAGCAUUCACCUCGUCCUGGGGCCUUAAAUACAGUGUACAAACAAGGUUAUGGAUAUGUAUAGGGUUUGAGCAUAUAGUGUUUGCUCUCAAGUUUAUACUUGCAUACCUAAUUCCUGAUGUUCCUAAAGAUGUUAGAUUAGCCAUAAGAAGAGAAAAAUAUCAAGUUGCCAAGAAAUUUGAAGAGAAGAGCAAGCCUCUGGAUUACACAGAGCUUGUACCGGCAACAACUAUUGAUGAGAGAGCGUUUGAUACCAGGGCCAGAGAUGACUCAGCAAAUUUCGGCAAUUUUCCUGAUCAUCAUUCGGACGAGGAGUACAAGAGUGGUCCUGAAAAUACGGCUGCUCCUCCAGCACCUUGGUCUGCUUCUAGUAGAGACCUGCCCCCUGUAUCUGAAGAAAACGAAUCUGAUGUUACAAGCCCAAAAAAUUUGUCUGGAAGCCAUGGUACUGCAAGUCUACGAGCCAUCCAUCCUGAAGGCAGUUUGCUAGAUCAGAAUGGUGCUCAAACCAAACUGAAUACACUGAAUGAACAGGAUAGUAAAACUGAGGUCCAGUCCACGGAAAAGGCAGGCGAGUACAGUGUGAACUAUCUGUUUGGUGCAUCCCCGCUCCCGACACCUGUUUAUCAUGCCGAGACUGAUAAUAUGGUGUCGGAGGACACUGAUAAUGCAGUCAAAGUAGGGCUUGACACAGAUCCAUACUCUGUUGUCAGUGCCAAAGAUGUAGAGUAUCAUAGGAAGAAAGGUGGUGCAUCAAAUAGGCCAAGGGACUCUGAAACGACCUGUUGAUGAUGCAAGGUCACAGGGGUCAAGGUCAUUCACCCAGAUAUGAGAAUUAGACGAUUAUUACAUAUCAACUGUCCAUAUUCAUCAGUGAGGAAACAAGUGUUUGGCAUCAUUAAACUUUUGAAAGAUAAUCAACAUUGUUCAUCAUGCUAAGUUUUUAAAGUUUUUUUAUUAUGAUAAUCAACCUAUUCCAGCAAUCACCCAUUGUUAAAGCAUGUGUUAUAUAGAGGAUAUUGAAUGAGUGUAGUUUAAUACUAAAUUUAUUGAACGAGUUGAAUAAAAUCAUAUUAUGCGAGCCUCUGGCGAGCAUAAUAU